AUGUCGCAGACCACAAGUCAUCAAGCUAUGCUGACUGCGAACACUUCGGCCCCCAUUGUCUCCAACCAACAACAGCCAAAUGCCAGCGCCGACGUCAAAACCACCGCGCCCAACGCCGCCUUUCCCGCUGACUCGUCUUCUCUGGCGCGUUCAGCUCGAUCGUCAGCGCCUCUUCAUGUUAUGGCCACAGCUGGACUGAGAGGGGACGCAAGCUUUGCCUACACCAAUGCCACCCCAGCGCCCGCCAACGCGCCCAGCGGUCGUAAAAAGUCUUGCUGGCGGCGCUUCUGGAGUAAGCUCAACGCCCUCAUUUUGAUAAACUGGGAGAGCCUCCUUCGUAAACUCAGAGCCGUCAAGGAAAAACUCCCCAGGACGUCGAUCUUCGCGCCCAGAUUUUUCACCUCCGCUUGA